AUGUCUUCUAGCAUCGCCAUUCGUUCUCAACCCGCGCCCAGCACCGCGGCGUCGGUGUAUGGGACCACGCCGGGAGGUACGCCGAGGAUCUCGUACUCGCGCGAUGAGCUGCUCAGUCUCGCCGCUAGCCCGCUCUCGCGCUCCCCGCCUGCUGUUCAACUUCCUGCUGCUAUCAAGAGACACACACCCGCCCAACCACACCCACAACCACAGCCAUCGCCAAAGGAAGAAGAUCCCGAUUCGUCGCUCGAAUCCCACGCCACAGACGAGCUCGGAUUCCAACUCGAACUGUAA